AUGGCUCCCAAGUACAAACUGUACUACUUCAACGUCCGUGGUCGCGGCGAGCUGAUUCGUCUGCUGUUUCACGCAGCCGGCGUCCAGUUCGAAGACCACCGAGUGGAGUUCACCGAUUGGCCUGCACUGAAGCCAAACACACCUGAAGGAACGCUGCCAUACUUGUGCAUUGACGAUAAAGAGUUUGGCGAGAGUCUGCCCUUAUCUCGCUACGUUGCCAGAAAAUACAAUCUGGCGGGAAAGACCGACAUUGAUCAACUGCAAGCAGACAUCAUUCUCAAUCACGUCGAUGAGAUCCGGGGAAUCGUCAGCAGAGCCCGCAAUGAUAAAAUAUACACCGAAGAGCAAAAGAAAGAGCUGGAGGGCAGAGUAGCGACCAGCUUGCUGCCCAAACUGUUGAAGAAGAUAGAGAAGAGACUGACGGAGAACCCUAGUGGAUACUUAAUUGGAGACAGUGUGACCAUUGCUGACCUGGCCUUCUUGGACCUCCUGGACACGCCUUUGAAAAGCAGUCCCAAGUUGUUGGACACUUUCCAGAAGGUUCGAGAACACCGCAAGAAGAUUAGCUCUCUGCCGAGACUAGCCAAGUACCUGUCUACUCGACCAGACACGCCAAUCUAG